GCGCGACUAAUAGAAAAAAGCUUUUGCGUGUUUGUUGUCUUCCAUCGCUCGUUUGUUUCUUCUUCAGCCAUAUCGGAAAAAAAAAACCGAUAUACGACAAGCCAUUCGGUGUUUGUUCCGACAAGCUUCGAAUCGAUCUGUGAUAGGUUUUUUCUUUUUCCGCCUUAUGAAUCUCUUUUCAUUGGAUUCAGUUUAACUCGAGUGAUGAAACCAAUCUCCGUGCUAGAGCUCUUUGAUCCCGUGGCUGGUAGGAUAUUACGGCGUUUGUAGCUCUGUUAUUUGGCAUUUCAGUAUCUGAAUUUUUGCAACAAUGUCUGAGCUAAAAGAGCGCCUGCUUCCUCCAAGACCUGCUUCAGCUAUGAACCUCAGAGAUUCUGCUGUGACUCGGCCUUCUGCUUCUGGAAGAGCACCCCUUCUUGGAGUUGAUGUCUUGGGUCUGAAGAAGCGUGGACAAGGCCUACGGUCUUGGAUUCGAGUUGAUACUUCUGGCAAUACUCAGGUCAUGGAGGUCGAUAAGUUCACUAUGAUGCGUAGAUGUGACUUACCCGCCCGUGAUUUAAGGCUGCUUGAUCCCUUAUUUGUGUAUCCCUCUACUAUCCUCGGCCGAGAAAAGGCUAUUGUUGUGAACUUAGAGCAAAUCCGUUGUAUAAUUACUGCAGAUGAAGUUCUGCUCCUGAAUUCCCUUGACAACUACGUGCUGCGGUAUGUUGUUGAGUUGCAGCAGAGACUAAAGACUAGUAGUGUAGGUGAGAUGUGGCAGCAGGAAAAUGCCCAGUUGAGUAGGAGGAGGAGCAGGAGUUUUGACAAUGCUUUUGAGAAUUCAUCCCCUGAUUAUUUACCUUUUGAGUUUAGAGCUCUUGAAAUAGCCCUUGAAGCUGCUUGUACGUUUCUCGAUUCCCAGGCUUCAGAGUUGGAGAUUGAGGCAUACCCGUUAUUAGAUGAGCUUACCUCAAAGAUCAGUACACUAAACUUGGAGCGUGUGCGUAGACUAAAGAGCAGGCUUGUAGCACUGACAAGAAGAGUUCAGAAGGUUCGGGAUGAGAUUGAGCAGCUAAUGGAUGAUGAUGGAGAUAUGGCAGAAAUGUAUCUAACAGAGAAAAAGAGGAGAAUGGAAGGAUCUCUGUACGGUGACCAAUCCUUGUUGGGUUACAGGUCAAAUGAUGGUCUAUCUGUUUCUGCACCGGUCUCUCCUGUUUCUUCUCCUCCUGAUUCCCGAAGACUUGAUAAAAGCUUGAGCAUUGCGAGGAGUCGGCAUGACAGUGCAAGGAGUUCGGAAGGUGUAACAGAGAAUAUAGAAGAGCUAGAGAUGUUGCUGGAAGCUUAUUUUGUCGUCAUUGAUAGCACUCUAAACAAGUUGACAUCGUUAAAGGAGUACAUUGAUGACACUGAAGAUUUCAUUAACAUUCAACUGGAUAAUGUGCGGAAUCAGCUAAUCCAGUUCGAGUUGCUUCUCACGACUGCAACUUUCGUUGUAGCCAUAUUUGGGGUCGUUGCUGGGAUCUUUGGGAUGAACUUUGAGAUAGACUUCUUCAACCAGCCAGGUGCAUUCAGAUGGGUACUUAUAAUUACUGGAGUAUGUGGCUUUGUUAUAUUUUCGGCAUUCGUCUGGUUUUUCAAGUACAGAAGACUCAUGCCUCUAUAAGAGGACAUGACUGUGCCCCCCACCCCACAAAGUAGACAUCAACUUCUAUUGUUGUGUUGCUUACAGAUUCAUGAUUUGUUUCCUUUUCACAAUGGAAUCUUCAGCAAUUUUAUCAUAGG